AUGGAUUCUGUUACUCAUCAAGAUUGGGAAAAUCAGUUUGGUGAAGCAGAUACAACUUCCGCCUAUUCCAAAAUUGAAACGUUUCUCCAACAGCGGAUUCGAGCACUUAAAGUCAUCGAAAUGUUAGGCAAGUCGGGGCGUGACAGUCUUGCUGCCACUUCCAACUGGAACAACCGCACGAGUUAUAAAAAACAGUCGAAGUUAAUGACUACCUCAGUGAAUCGUAGGUAUGCGAUCUGCACAGAUGACAACUACACUUGCUCUUGUCCUCAGUGGACAGAACUCGACUCGACCCAGCGGCGCGAGACUGCCUUGCGGCUUCAUCUAUGUGUCAACUGUCUGUCCGUAGGACAUCUUAAAAAAGAUUGUACUUCGAAGAUAAAUUAUCAGCGAUCUCAGGAACGCCAUCAUACUUCUCGUCACGCUUCCGCCGACCGUAAACGAGCAAGGUCUAACGACUCGGCAGUUAAUGUUCCUGUCAGUACGGUUAGAAAUAAGGCCAUCAAGAUUGCUCGUAGGAGAGUCAAUUUUUGUCUUGAGCCUUCGCAAGUAACACUACCUGUCAAAGUGAACGCUCUAGUUCUUCGAGACCUUGGCGUAUUUACUCCAUCACAGACGAUUGUCAACAGAAACUGGGCGCACAUCCAAGGGCUUCCUUUAGCGGAUCCAGAAUUUGCAGUGCCAAGACCUAUCGACGUACUCUUGGGCGCUGAAAUUUACGGCUUACUUCUUCUCGACGGGCUUCGUCACGGAUCACGUGAUGAUCCCGUUGCUCUCCAAACUUUUUUCGGAUGGGUUCUGAUCGGCCCAGUUGAAAUUUCUGAGCCAUUAAAUAUCUUAGACCAUUCCAUAAACGUCAUGGCUUUAAGUAGUCAUCAAAAGGACAACCUUGCUGAAAUUCUGAAGCGGUUUUGGGAACAGGAGGAAUUGAACAUUCCUCCUAUGAUUUCACUCGAGAAUCAGGAAUGUGAACGAGCAUCCAUGGCCGGAUGUCGACGUGACAAUUCCGGUCGAUACAUUGUGCGCCUUCCCCUUCGAACAUCUUGUAUUUACACUCUAGGGGAAUCUUUACAAGGAGCUAAACGAAUACUCAAUUCCGUAUGUCAACGAUUAAACAAAGACGCUCUGCUGAAUAAGGAAUACAUACGAUUCAUAUCCGAUUAUGAAAAGGUAGGCCAUAUGCGCCUAAUUCAACCUUCAGCGAUAUCAUCAUAUGGUCAUCCGAAACUUAGCAUUGUCUUUAAUGCAUCACAAAGAACAACAUCAGGACUUGCUUUGUAUCAUCCGUUAUAUACAGGACAUAAAUUACAAAAUGACCUCGCUUCCGUUUUGAUACGUUGGAGAUUUCCUAGCAUUGCCUUUCGUGCUGAUAUUGGGAUGAUGUAUCAUCAGAUUCAAGUCGAUGAUAGGGAUGUUGAUCUUAAUCGUAUUGUUUGUCGGCAGCCAGGGACAAAAGAAGAUAGUCACUAG